AUCUGACUAUCAAAUUAAUUGUGUUAUACUUUUCCUCAUUAGUCGACAAAACAAAAGUUACUUUUUUCUGUUCACUCAUUAACUCAUAGAUUGAUUGUGUAUAUCAUCGAUCGCUUAUACCAUUCAACAGCAUAUCUAGCAUUUUGUGUGUUAAUUGUGGGACCAAUUGAUUGGUGACAAUGGGUUGUGCGGUCAGUACGAGUGAUAAGGAGGCCAUCGAAAGGAGUAAAAAAAUCGACAGUAUUUUGAGGGCAGACCUCGAGAAGCAGUCCAGAGAAGUGAAGCUACUUCUUCUCGGUGCUGGCGAGUCUGGAAAGAGCACAAUAGUCAAGCAAAUGAGAAUUAUUCACGAGUCCGGGUAUACCAAAGAUGAAUGUCUCCAAUACAAGCCUGUCGUCCAUUCAAACACAAUACAAAGUCUUAUGGCGAUCAUCAAAGCCAUGGGUCAACUGAAGAUCGACUUCAAGGACCCGGCGUGUCACGAGUCGGCCCGAAAGUUCUUCACAAUGGUUGGCGCCUCCAUUGAGGGCGACCUCACCCUCGAGUUAUCCGCAGUGAUGAAGAGGCUGUGGAAAGACCCGGGCGUUCAGAUGUGUUUCGCGCGAUCGCGGGAAUACCAGCUCAACGAUUCGGCCCAAUACUACCUGAACUCGUUGGACAGGAUCGCUGAGCCCUCGUAUGUGCCCACACAACAGGAUGUGCUCCGCACUCGAGUCAAGACCACGGGUAUAGUGGAGACACACUUCUCCUUCAAAGGCCUCCACUUCAAGAUGUUUGACGUCGGAGGCCAACGAAGCGAACGCAAGAAGUGGAUCCACUGUUUCGAAGGCGUCACAGCCAUCAUCUUCUGUGUCGCCCUUUCCGGCUAUGACUUAGUGCUCGCCGAAGACGAGGAAGUCAAUCGUAUGAUUGAGUCCAUGAAACUGUUUGACUCGAUUUGCAACAACAAGUGGUUCAUCGAUACGUCAAUCAUAUUGUUCUUGAAUAAGAAGGAUCUCUUCGAGGAUAAGAUCCGACGCUCACCCCUCACCAUAUGUUACCCGGAAUACGCCGGUAAUGAUAGCCAUCCAUUCAUAUGCAUCAGACCAGAGAGAGAGAGAGAGAGAGAGAGAGAGAGCAGACCAGAGAGAGAGAGAGAGAGAGAGAGAUGUACACUGUAUUGCUAUCUAUAUCUUAUAUAUUUGUUUUGUAUGAUAGGGAACAACACGUACGAAGAGGCGGCCGCUUAUAUUCAGAUGAAGUUCGAGGGCUUGAAUAAGAGGAAAGACACGAAAGAGAUCUACACUCACUUCACGUGCGCCACGGAUACCAAUAAUAUUCAGUUUGUUUUCGACGCCGUCACGGAUGUCAUCAUCAAGAAUAACCUCAAAGAUUGCGGACUUUUUUAG